UUUGUUCUUUAAGGGGAAAGAAGUUGAUCACCAUUUACCAAGUUUGACUUCGUACUGCUGAAUUAUCAAGAUCACAAAGGACACGAAGCUUUUAAAUGGCACAAAAGAGUCAGAGAAACCCACAAACCAGAAGCUGGGGAGGUAGGAGACGUGAGGAGGGUGACUUAGAUCUGGAAUUUUCCCACAAAAUAAACUGUCGGGGCAAGAAAGAUAAGAACGAAUGCUCCAUUCAAAAAGUGUGCAGUUUCCGAGACGGGAAGUACGUUAUGUUUGAUGAGAAGAACAGCAAGAUUAAGUUGUUUGACCGCCAUUUUAACUUCCUGCUGGACGCUGCUGUCCCAUCAGACUGCCGAGAUAUGACCUACACCAGCGAAAACGAAAUCGCUCUUACACAACAGGACAGCAUCAUUUUUGUCAACGUGGAUGAUCAUAGAUUCAAGAACUCUAGAAAGAAGUUCACAAUCCCAGGAAAUUCCCAAUGUUUUGGCCUUGUUUACGGUAAAUCACGUCUGUUUGUGACGUGUGACAUUAUGGAUCCUGAUGCUACUCUAAGAAUGAUGGACAUGAAAGGAAGGAUAAAAUUGACCAUUGACAGCGUACGAGGUCUUACAGAGAAUAAGGAUUUCGGAGGAUUCACAAGGCCGUUCGGAAAAUUUCUUGCCAUUUCAGAUCCAUCGGCAAAGAUGGGUUCAAUUUAUUUGAGUGACAAUGAAGGAAGUCGGGUUGUGUGUUGUGACUUUAGCGGGAAUUUCCAGUGGGAGGUACCUAUGUAUGACACGCCUCUUGGUAUUGCAUCAGUCCGAGAUUACGUCAUCACGUGUCUCGAUAGUAACCAGCUGGGACUAAUUCACAAAGAUGGCCACUUUGUAAAAACAUUUCCAGAGAUGAAUUUCAUACCAAAGAAUCUGUUCUAUGAUAUUAACAAUGGAAAACUACUUGUGACUGAAUCUGGGGUUUCUGAUUUUAUACAUGCAUAUGACAUAAAAAUAUCACAAGAAAAUUAAGAUUUCUGAAACAAUUAGAAAUGACACAACCUACUGUCAUACUGUCAUAAAUUGUAAAAUCACUGGAAUAUUCAUAUUAAAUAAAAAAGACGGGCAUACUUUCUUUCAUCAAUU